AUGUCCGAGUCUUCGCCCCUCCUACUGCAUCAAAACACGAGUCUGCUACCUGGAAUUCCUGCUGCUACUGUGGAAACCACUAAUAAUGACACUAGAAAUGUGAAGAAGGCCAAGUUAGGCACUUUUGAGGGAGUGUUUCUCCCCACCACGCUCAAUGUGCUUUCCAUCUUGAUGUUCUUGAGAUUUGGCUUUAUCAUUGGCCAGAUGGGUAUUUUGGGCACUAUUUUACUUCUAGUGAUGUCCUUUGUCAUUGAUAUCUUGACUGUUUUGUCUGUCAGUGCUAUCUCAACGAACGGUACCGUUAGAGGCGGGGGUGCUUAUUAUAUGAUCUCCCGUUCUCUAGGCCCUGAAUUUGGUGGUGCUAUUGGUAUUAUCUUCUUUAUUGGUCAGAUUUUGAAUUCGUCAUUGAACGUGGUGGGUUUUAUCGAACCUCUUUUGGUCAACUUUGGCAAGCUCGAAGGUGACGUUUACCCGUUACUUCCGGUCUCCUACUGGUGGCAGUUGCUAUACUCCUCCAUUUUGCUUUUGAUGUGUACUAGUGUUGCGCUUGUUGGUGCUUCAUUGGUGUCAAAAACGGCAUUUUGGCUCUUUGUCCUUCUCACCACGAGUACACUUCUGAUCCCAAUAUCAGCAUUGGUCGUGAAACCAGGAUUCCCCUUGUCACCGCCUGAUGAGGGUUUAUGGUAUUCUGGCGUCUCUUGGAAGACCAUUCAGGAGAACUUGUGGCCUCAUUUUACAAGCGGAGCAGCUGGAUCUUUGCUCCCGCCUGGUGAACCUGAGACAUUCAAGAAUCUUUUUGGCAUUUUCUUUCCUGCUACUGCUGGUAUCUUUGCAGGUGCAUCGAUGUCUGGUGAGCUUAAGAACCCUUCUCGCUCGAUUCCCCGUGGAACGUUGUAUGCAUUGGGCAUCAGUUUUGUUCUCUAUUUCUUGGUCAUUGUAUCAUUGGGAGCUUCUGUGCCUAGGGAAUUAUUCCACAGAGACAUCAAGAUCAUGCAGACUGUUAACAUGAAUGGUUUAAUCAUCAUAAUAGGUGAGGUUUCGACCUCCUUAUUCUCCGUCAUCAUGGGCGUUGUUGGUGCGUCUACAGUACUCAACGCCAUUGCUGUUGACAAAAUCAUUCCCGGCUUAUCAUGCUUCUCCACAGCUCGUAAGCUGCCAAAAGAGAAGAAGAGAGCUCAGGUAUAUGCGAUCAUGCUUACAUGGUCUAUUGCUCAGAUGUUUCUUUUUGCUGACAUUAACCAAAUCGCCACCUUCAUCACAAUGGCAUUCCUCAUGACGUUUUUGGUAACUAAUCUUGCAUGUUUCCUCUUGAGGGUUGGGUCUGCUCCAAACUUCAGACCUUCCUUCAAAUACUUUAGUUCCAAAACUGCUUUCGCAGGAGGUUUGGUGUCUGUGCUCGCCAUGUACUUGGUUGAUGGCGUAUCGGCGACAUCCGUUAUUGUGUUUUUGAUAUUCCUCAUCAUGAUUAUCCAUUAUACCACCCCACCACUGAAUUUUGGUGAUAUUUCUCAGCUUUUGAUCUACCACCAGGUAAGAAAGUAUUUGCUUCGUUUAAAGCUAAACAUGAGUGUUAAGUACUGGAGGCCACAGAUAUUGCUUCUAUGUGACAAUCCAAGGACUUCUUGGAAUUUGAUCACGUUCUGUAAUCACUUGAAGAAAGGUGGUUUGUAUAUCCUAGGACAUGUUGUUAUGAUGAGCGAUGAUUCUGGAGCCAACAAUGAUGAAGUGAAUUCCGAGUUCAAUGUGUCUUCCUUUAAGGAGAUACGUAAGCAAAAAAAUGCAUGGACUAAGCUCAGAGAUAUGGCAAAAAUCAAAGCUUUUGUACAGAUUGCAAUUGGUCCUUCCCUUCCAUGGGGUGUCAGAAAUGUCUUUCUCGGAUCGGGUUUGGGCGGUAUGCGUCCAAACAUUACAGUUCUUGGUUUCUACGAUUCACAGAAGCACGGUGUCGAAUUACCGUUGAAACAGGAGGAAAGAUCGUUAUCCCAGCUUCAUUUGCCCACAGAUGAAUGUAGAAAGGAAAGGAAAGUUUCGGUAAACCAAUGGGUUCAGAUAGUCGAAGACUUGAUUAUAAUGCAGGCUACCGUUGCUGUUGCGGGCAACUUCUCUCGAUUAGAGUUACCGACGUUGAAAGGCCGGAAAUGGUUCAAGAGAAGUAAGCAAGGCGACGAAAAGAAAUACAUCGAUCUUUACCCGAUACAGAUGUCAUCUAUUUGUUUGAUGGAUGAUGGCAAAUCGGUGAUGUCUACGAAUUUCGAUACAUACACUUUGAUCCUCCAGCUUGGAUCUAUUCUUUCCACUGUUGACGAAUGGGAUUUAAACGGAUAUACCUUGCGUAUUAUAGUGUUUGUUGAAAGCGCCAAUGAAGUUGAGGAGGAAUUAUCAAGACUUAAAGAUCUACUUAGUUCAUUGAGAAUUGAUGCGGAGACUGUUGUGAAAUGCUUCGAGGAUGGAUUCCUCCAGACAUACAACUUUUUGGUGAAGGGCUACAGCGUCACGCCUGCUACCCAAUCUGAAUUCAAUCACAUAAACCACAUCCUUCACGGUGACCAAUGGUGGAAAAACCUCCGUGAUGCCAGGGAGUCUUUAAGACAGAUUCAAAAGCAGAAGUUGCAAAGAAAACUGAAUGACAAGAAGCUGAAGUCAAUUCAUAUCAGUGAUGAAAGGAAAUAUGAUCCAGUGCUGUUCAAUCUUACGAACAAUAAUAACUCGCCUGUUACCGGUCCAAGCCUUAAGAACAAUAGACGGUAUACUUUGUCGAAUUUGCAUGGUCAAGGACUAUCCCUUUCCUUCAACAUGAAGGCACAGGGAGGCGAUAGCUUCUUUUCAUAUGAGUCUGAAGAUAGCAGUGACAGUGAUUUGGAGGAAAGUAUGCAUAGCUCUUCGGGUAAUAACACCAGCCAGCAGCGUACUCCAGAAAUACAUACUCCAGAACCCCAAACGUUGGAAGCUUCCCCGACCGAACAGUUGUCUGUCAAAGAUAUUCCGACGACAACAACUGCGGCCAGUCAACAGAGACUACCACAGAAGGAUAACAUCAACAAAGCUAGGCAUGCACUUUUGGCCAAGUACAAAACAUCAGCGGGUGCAGUUUCAUCUGACCAGCUAUCCGUGAGGUCAUCUAUGUCUAAUCUUAGGCCUAAUUUCCUGUCAGUGAAGAUUCCCCAAUCGAAGGUUAGAGAUGAAGAAGAAGAGGAAGAACCGCUGGUGCCUGCUGAUGACGAAGGUGACGAUGAGGAUAACAACAAGCCGCUGAUUCGUUUUGUUGAGGACGAGGAAGGCUCGAAAGACCCUACAAAGGAAUCCAGGCAACCUGGCCAUGGUACAAGGACUCCUAUUUCUCGCAACGAAAGCUUCCUCAAUUUCUCCGCUGGCAACACAAGGCCAGCUAUGAAGAGGGUGCCAUCUGUGAUUGCCCAUAACGAUAUCAACGAACACAUAAAAUCGCCAAAGUUCCUUUCGGAAGCCGAUGACGAACUAGCUGAUGAGAGUCUCGAUCUACUCGAAGAGACGGGUAGCGAAGGACAAAAAUCAGAACGAAAAUUGACCCUGAGGCAACUUCAGGAUGAGUUGAAGAACCUCACUUUCAAUGAUUUACCAGCAAAGGGGCAACAUAUAAUCCUCAACGAGCUCAUGAGAAAAAUCUCGGGAGAUGGGAGCACUGCAGUGAUAUUCUCUACGCUCCCUGCCCCGAUCAUAGGUACUCAUUUAGACGAUGAUGCCUCUUUAGAUUACACUAACAGUCUUGCCAUAUGGUUGGAUAACUUGCCACCAACCCUUUUGCUCAAUUCACAAACCGUGACUGUAACGACAAACUUGUGA